AUGUCUGAACGCAAAGUUCUCAACAAAUACUUCCCCCCGGAUUUCGAUCCAGAGCUCAUUUCCAGGAGGUCAGGGCCUAGAAACUCGCAGCAGGUUGUGCGCCUCAUGGCGCCCUUCUCAAUGCGAUGUAAUACAUGUGGGGAAUAUAUCUAUAAGGGAAAGAAGUUUAAUGCGCGAAAGGAAACUGUACAAGGGGAGGAUUACUUGGGCAUCAAGAUAUUUCGCUUCUACAUCAAGUGCACGCUAUGUUCUGCUGAAAUUACCUUCAAGACAGACCCCAAGAACACGGAUUACACUGCUGAACAUGGUGCAUCAAGGAACUUUGAACCCUGGAGAGACGAAAAGGCGGAGGAGGAGGAUAAGCUGGCGAGACUAGAGGAAGAAGAGAACAACCCCAUGAAAGUGCUGGAGAACAAGACGGUUGACUCGAAGCGCGAGAUGGACAUCCUGGACGCGUUGCAGGAUAUCCGUGCGCGUAAUGCCCGGAACGAGCGUGUGGGGCAUUCAGACGACCUCCUUUCACGUCUUGCUUUGGAGGAGGUCGAAACAGAGGAAGAUGCAGAGAGGAAGAGGUUGGAAGAAGAAGACGAGAAGCUAGUACAGGAAGUGUUCUCCAAGGUGCAAGCAUCAGGGUCGGACUCAGGACUAGUGACUGUCAAACGGAAAGCGGAUGACAAGGAGCCUCCAACGCAUGCACUUUUAUCAGCGUCUGCUCGCAGUCUCAUUACGUCGGUGUCGACCGCGCCUGUCACUAAAAAGCGGAAAACCGAGACUAAGAAUUCCCUAGGGAUAAAGGUGAUCAAGAAGGGGAAGGCUAAAGUUUCAUGA